AGAGACGAAGUGGGCGGAGUCUCACACUGAGGCAGCGUGUUUGUGUGAGUGUUGUGUAUGUGUGUCAGAGGGGGACAGAAAGAGCCCGGGCUGAAGAGGCUAAACAUGGGUACGAGUCCAGGCGCGAGUCGGAAGCUAGUCCCGGUACCGAACCGAGGGCUCGGUCUGUGAAACGUGCUCCGGAUGGGAGCUGUUUUACUUCGGCUGGCGUAAACAUGUCCGUGCAAAGUUUGACUAAAGUGGAGAAACACUUCGGCAUCCGGAUGGAUCGAAGCACAGAAGGCAGUUUUCUGUCGCUGCGUCGGGGUUCCUCAGAAAACAACCUCGAUCUGGACCUCACCGACGCAAGUCCCCGUUACGGCUUGGAGGUCCAGCGGAGCCGUUCCUGCUUGGACAACCUCCAGCAGAAGAUCCUGAAGGUGACCGAACAGCUGAAGAUCGAGCAGACGGCUAAAGAGGAGAACGUCGCCGAGUACCUGAAGCUGAUGAGCAGCGCGGACAAGCAGCAGAUGGGGCGCAUCAAGCAGGUGUUCGAGAAGAAGAACCAGAAGUCGGCUCAGAACAUCACGCAGAUGCAGAAGAAGCUGGAGCAGUACCAUCGAAAGAUGAAAGACACCGAGGUGCUUCACAGUCCCCCUCCUCGCUCUUGGUCAGUAAAACGCAGCACCAUACCCAGGGAGUCGCCCAGAGAGCUGCUGAGGGAUAUGACCGGCAGCGGCCGACACCCGACCAUGGACAAAAUCAAAACCAUCGGACCAGGAGUUUCUCUCUCCCCUCCUUUCUUCUUCAGCAAGCCAAGAGAGUUUGCGAACCUCAUCCGGAACAAAUUUGGCAGUGCCGAUAACAUCGCCCACCUCAAAACCAACAUGGACUCCUCCUCCGCCCUGCCCUCCGAUAACGCAGGGAAAGGGUUGAGCGGCAGCACCUCUUUGGUUGGCAAACCCAAGUAUCCCAGCGAUGACGAGUGCUCGUCGGGUAGCGCCUCGUUUUCUGCCGACAGCAACGGGAAGCCUGCGUUGGGAGCGGCGACUGCAGGACAGGGACAGCAGGUGGAGGGAGGCAGCCAGAACAGACUAGACCUGUACUACGAGGAGGUGAGGGAGAUCAAAGACACUCAGAGCCAACUGGAGGAGGACAUUGAAGAGAUCAAGGCUCAGUUCAAGAGAGAUUACGACAUUAUCAAUCAAUCACUACAGGAGGAGAGAUACAGGUUCACCGGUGUCUUGACUGGCAGGUACGGACGUCUGGAAGACCAGCUGAACGACCUGACAGAACUUCAUCAACACGAAAUGUCAAACCUGAAGCAGGAGCUGGCCAGCAUAGAGGAGAGAGUGACCUACCAGGCUCAGGAGAGGGCCAGAGACAUGCAGGAAGCCCUCGAGUCGUGUCAGACUCGGGUGUCCAAGCUGGAGCUCCAUCAGCAGCACCAGCAGCAGACGGUCCAGCUGGAAAGCCCCAACGCCCGCGUCCUGCUGGGGAAGACCAUAAACAUCAUGCUGGCCAUCAUCACCGUCAUCCUGGUGUGCGUCUCCACUGCUGCCAAGUUCGCCGCCCCCCUGAUGAGGAGCCGCUAUCACGUGGUAGCGACCCUCCUUGGACUGUGCUUUCUGACUGUGUUCUGGAAGAACUGGGAGCGUUUACAGUUUGCCAUAGACCGGUUGUUGAUACCAGCUUAGAUUUCUUUUUAAAUCCUUUUAACAAUAAUGCUGUUACAUGUAAAAACUGAAUGGUCUCAGAGGAUUGGUUGUACAAUCUUCAGCAGACAUGAUCAACAUCCAUUUUUAGAGGUGAUGAUUUUUUUUAAAGAUGGACUAAAAUUAAAUUUUAGAUUUUGUUUUUUUUGUCCAGAACUUGAAUGUGUUUUACUAACAAUGUCUUUUAAACUUAAAAACAACAACAACAACAAUAUUUACUUAACAGUAAAAUUCUUGCUACUUUUCCAGCUGUUGAUUUGAACUCAUCUGAAGGGUUAAAUGGGUCAGAGGUAGUCAGGGUGAAGAGAAGGCAGAGGAAAGGAUCUUUGAACGUAACUCAAAGCUUACACACAAAUGCAAAGUGCUGCUCGUUAGGUCUAGUUGGCUUCACUCUCUUCACACUAAAGAAAUGUUGGUGAAAUAACACGUAUUUGCUUUCUUUCUGAUAGUUAAAUGAUAUUUUUUUCCGCAUCAUUCCAAUAAAGCUGAUGUGAGCAGAACUUAGCAUCAAACUGCUAAACCAUGCAUCUCAUUUUAGUGGUUUUGGGGCAA